AAGUGCAAAUACCCUUACAGAAAGUGAAAUUGUUACAAUCCUAUCACACACGCAAAAUGUAUCUCUAUGCAAUUUGGAGUUUGUUUUAUAUAUCAGUAUCGUUUCUCGUCUCAGAGGGGCGUGUAACUCAAGAGGAUGAUAUAUGUAGAAGAGAACAUGGGGUUUGCACUCAGUUCAUGUACGAAAACGUCCGAUUGCUUGCACAAAGAAGCUCCGGAUGUAAGAACUUUUGCCAGUGUGCGCAUGCGUCAACUCAGCUGGAUGGUUCUGUCACAUAUAUGUGGGUGAAACACGAAUGUCCAGCAGGAACCUUGUUUGAUGAAAGUCUUCCAGCCCGUGUGUGCAACCAUGCUAACCAAGUGCAGUGCAACGCAAACGUGGGUGACGAUUGUGAAGGAGAACAUGGUGUGUGCAAUCAGUUCACAUAUGAACACACUCGCCUUCUUCCUCUGAAAAGUUCCGGGUGUGUGAACUUUUGCCAGUGUGAACAUGCGUCAACUCAGUCUGACGGUUCUGUGACAUACAAGUGGGCGAAGCAAGAGUGUCCAGCUAGAACUUUGUUUGACGAGAGUAUUAAAGUCUGUAACCACGCUAAUCUAGUUCAUUGUGCAGAAAACGUAAAAGAAGAGACAACAACGAAAGCAAUUCGCACAACAAAAACUUCAGACGUUAAUGAUGAUGGUGACAGCGAUACUGAAUGUCAGCGGGAGCAUGGUGUUUGUAAUCAAAACACAUACGCAAAUAUUCGCCUGCUUCCCCUGAAAAGUUCCGGAUGUAGCAACUUUUGCCAAUGUGAGCAUGCGUCAACUCAGUCUGACGGUUCCGUGACAUACAAGUGGGCGAAGCAGCUUUGUUCAGCUGGAACUUUGUUUGACGAGAGCAUUAAAGUCUGUAACCAUGCUAACCUAGUUCAAUGUACAGGGAAUGAUGACGGUGAGGCGGAUUGUCUACAGGAACAUGGUGUGUGUAAUCAGUUCACGUACGAACAUACUCGUCUUCUUCCUCUGAAAAGUUCCGGGUGUGUGAACUUUUGCCAGUGUGAGCAUGCGUCAACUCAGUCUGACGGUUCUGUGACAUAUAAGUGGGCGAAGCAGGAAUGUCCAGCUAGAACUUUGUUUGACGAGAGUAUUAAAGUGUGUAAUCACGCUAACUUAGUACAAUGUACAGAAAAGGCGAAAGAAGAAACAACAACAAAGGUAGCUCGCACAACAAAAUCUUCAGACGUUAAUGGUAAUAAUGACAGUGAUACUGAAUGUCAGCGGGAGCAUGGUGUUUGUAAUCAAAACACAUAUGCAAAUAUUCGCCUGCUUCCUCUGAGAAGUUCCGGAUGUAGUAACUUUUGCCAGUGUGAGCAUGCGUCAACUCAAUCUGACGGUUCCGUGACAUACAAGUGGGCGAAGCAGCUUUGUCCAGCUGGAACUUUGUUUGACGAGAGCAUUAAAGUCUGUAAUCACGCUAACCUAGUUCAAUGUACAGAGAAUGAUGAUGGUGAUGAGGAUUGUCUUCGUGAACAUGGUGUGUGUAAUCAGUUCACGUAUGAACACACUCGCCUUCUUCCUCUGAAAAGUUCCGGGUGUGUGAACUUUUGCCAGUGUGAACAUGCGUCAACUCAGUCUGACGGUUCUGUAACGUACAGGUGGGCGAAACAAGAGUGUCCAGCUAGAACUCUGUUCGACGAGAGAAUUAAAGUCUGUAAUCACGCUAACCUAGUCCAGUGUGCAGGGAGUGAGGAAGAAAAACCCCGCACAACGGCUUCCUCACAAGGGAAUGAGGAAGAAAACCACCGUACAACGGCUUCCGCGCAAUUUACAGAACAAGAGAAAACAACCACAAGGGCUAUCCGCACAACAACUUCUACACAAGGCAUUUUGAUUGAAGAAUCAACAGUGGUGAACACCCUUUCUACAGAAUGGGUACCAAAUGUUGAAGACGCGGAGCCAUUGUUUGAGUGUUACAAAUGCCACAAAGAGAAUUAUAACAGCGCCUGCAAUCGGGAAACCGAAGUUUGUAAACAAAACAAACAGUCAUGUCAGACAAUUGUGGAAUGGAGGGGCGAUGAGUACGAAGUAAGGAAAGGCUGCAAAAAUCCAACAGCUAACAGUGCGAAUGCGAAGUUAGGGUGUAAGAAGACUGGUUCCAAGAUUUUCUGCCGCUUUGAAUGCACAGCAAAUUUAUGCAACGAACCGCUCCCACCGGUAGAUCUGGGCAAAUAGAUAGAUGCAUUUGAAACUGAUAAUAUUGAAAUGGACAUACAAUUGUAUAAGUAACCAGAGAACUUACUUCAUAUCAGAUAGUCAAUACAAUGUUUGUCUAACAAUCAACAAAUACUUGAUAAACUUUGAUAUGUGUUUAAUAGUCAGGCGGAAAGAUUUAUAUCAUGUUUAUAAUCUGUCGUUAACCAAAACUGUGUUAAGCAUACUGUGAAAUUAUGAAUUUUCUUGGGGAACUUAUUUUCGUGGAUUUCGUGGUUAAGUCAGUCCGAGGAAAGCAGUGAAAUUUACAUGCUUUUAUGUUCAAAGGUCAAAAUCUACGAAGUUUUAUCCCCAUAAAGUAGUCUCAUGAAAUUUCAAGCCCAAGAAGAUAAAUGAUUUCACUGUACAUAUUAGAUGAGAGUCAUUAUGAAACUUUAUCACGUAUAAUUAAUAAUGGAAACAAAUAUCAGUAACACCAAGUUUCCAAUGUUAAAAAAUAACGAAAAUAGUUUUUCUUUCUUAUGUAUUUCCGACUUUAAUAGAAUAAAAAUGUCUGUUAAUUUGUCCUACUUAAAGAUUUUACAAAAUAAACUAUAAUCGACAUCAAUUGUUAGUUUUACUGAAAAACACGUCAUUUAUAGUACUCAUCAAUUUUCUGAAAGAGAAUGCAUUCAACGUGUUUGUGCUUUUUCAGACAGUAUUGAAUUGAAAUAAUAUACGCAAUAUUUUAUGACUUGCAAUCUAUAUCUGAUAUAAAAUAAACAGAUAUAUCUGUU